AUGGCGAAGUGCUCUAUGAUUCCCUGCAGGGGCUGCACCCCCUGGCAGGAGCUACUGUUCAUAGCCUCCUUUUUAACCUCUUGGUACCUGACCACCACUGCCCAAGUCACGAUUGAGUUAGUGCCUCCUCAAGUGGUUGAAGGAGAAAACGUCAUUUUCCUCGUCCGUAAUCUGCCAGAGAAGUGGUUUGGCUUAUCCUGGUUUAAAGAUGAGACAAAUAUGAAGUAUACAAUUGCAAGCUAUGAUACUAUCUACAGUAAGGAGUUUCUGGGGAAUGCACACAGUGGUAGAGAGAUAGUAUACCCCAACGGAUCCCUGUUGAUUCAAAAUGUCACCCAGAGUGACUCAGGAGUCUAUAUUCUUCGAAACAAUAAUAAAGCAAGAAUGUUAUCAACAACAUACAUAUACCUUCACGUGUACACCUCUCUUUUAAACUGUGGGCACCCUCUCACCUCUGCCCAGCCCACUAUUGAAUCAGUGCCACCCAGUGUUGGAGUAGGGGCAAGUGUUCUCCUUGUGGUUCACAAUCUCCCAGAGAAUCUUCAAGCCCUUUUCUGGUAUAAAGGAAUUAUUGUGUUCAAGAACCAUGAGGUUGGCCAACACAUAAUAGCCAAGAAUUCAAGUGUGCCAGGCCCUGCACACAGUGGUCGAGAGACAGUGUACAGCAAUGGAUCCUUGGUUCUCCACAAUGUCACCUGGAAGGAUGCUGGAUUCUACACCCUAUUAACUCUGACCACAGAUCUGACAGCUGAAAUAGCUCAUGUGCAACUCCACUUGGACACCUUGCAUUGUGGAUACCAUCCCACCUCUGCCAAACUCACUAUUGAAUCAGUUCCACCUAACAUUGCUGAAGGUGGAAGUGUUCUUCUAGUGGCUCACAAUCUCCCAGAGAAUCUUCGAUCUUUUUACUGGUACAAAGGAGUUAUUGUGUCCAAGAAAUAUGAGGUUGCCAGAUAUAUAAUAGUCACAAAUUCAAGUGUGCUGGGUCCUGCACACAGUGGCAGAGAGAUAGUGUACAGCAAUGGAUCCCUGCUGCUCCAUAGUGCCACCUGGAAAAAUGCCGGAUGGUACACCCUACAGACUCUGACCACAGAUGUAGAACCUGAAACAGCGCAUAUUCAACUCCAGUUGGACACCUCCCUUUCUGCUUGCUGCAAUGAUGUUACUUCGCCCCAACUCACCAUAGAACAGGUGCCACGGGUUGCUGCUAAAGGUGAAAGUGUUCUCUUCCUUGUUCAUAAUCUGCCAGAAGAUCUGCAUACAUUUUCCUGGUACAAAUCAAAGUAUAGCAUCCGGAAUUUUAAAAUUGCAGCAUACAGCAGAGCCAUGAAUUACAUCACCCAGGGACCUGCCCACAGUAGAAGAACAAUGGUGUAUACCAAUGGAUCCUUGCUCCUCCAGGAUGUCACUGAGAAAGAUGCAGGAUUCUACACACUACAGACUGUAAACAGAGAUUUCAAAACUGAAAAAACACAUGUGGAACUCCAUGUGAACCCCUGCAUGCGCCCUCCCGUCCAGCUCACUAUUGAGUUAAUGCCACACAAUGUUGUUGAAGGGGAAAAUGCUCUCCUACUUGUUCAUAAUAUCCCAGAGGACCUUCAAUUUUUUGUCUGGUUCAAAGGGAUACCAAUUGACAACGAACACAAAAUUGCACAGAAUGUAAUAAGCAGUAAUAAAAGUAUGCUGGGGCUGGCACACAGUGGUAGAGAGACUGUGUACCCCAAUGGAUCUCUGCUGUUCCAUCAUGCUGCCCAGGAGGACACUGGAUUCUACACCCUACGAACCUUAAAUGCACAGGUUGAAACUCAAGAAGCACAUGUGUACCUCCACAUAUACAAGCCUGUGACACAGCCCUUUAUUCGAGUCACCAGCACCAAUGUUACAGUGCGGAGCUCUGUUGUGUUCACCUGCCUCUCAGCUGACACUGGAAUCUCCACCCAGUGGAUCUUCAACAACCAGAGUCUGCAGCUCACAGAGAGGAUGACCUUGUCACCGAAAAAGUGCCGACUCAGCAUAGAUCCUGUGAGGCUGGAGGAUGCUGGAGAGUAUAAGUGUGAGGUCUCCAACCCAGCCAGUUCAAAGACCAGUCCCCCGGUCCAUCUGGAUGUGAUGAAUGAGUGA